AUGGAGAGCGAAGUAAAAAUUUCCAUUACAACCUUGGCAAAGGAAAUCUAUUCUGGAGUUCUUGGUAGAUACGCAUCUGGGAAAUACGUUAUUCUGAAGAAUGUGGUCCGAAGGCAUCCGGGAUCUACUGAUAACAGGAGAGAUGUCUUUGUCUAUCCAGUCAUGAGGUUUAAGAUAGAAAAUAUCGGAGAAAUCGGAAUCACAUGGACUCCAAACAGUGGUGGAAAGGAGAAUGGGCUUCUGGUUUUGGAAAGCUUGGGGAGUAAGGCUAGAAUUCUUGAGGCCGGGGGAGAUAAAGGGAUAUGUUCAAGGUCCAGUGGAAGCCCGGAGGGUCUGGAAGGAACCAGAGGCGAAGUGGUGGAAAGGAUUCUGGAUACGCAUAGGAGUCCUAGGAUAGAGAGGUUGUUUAGGAGGCUUGACCUAGACUGUAUGCCCAGCAGAGCAACCCGGCAAAUAAGAUGA